UAAUUUUUUAAUAUUUCAUUCUAAUUUAUAAUUAAAUAAUUAAAUUAUAAAUGUUUUUAAAUUGAAAUACAAUCAAGUCGUAUACUAGUUUUGCAUUGGCCAGCAUUCAUUUAUCUGAAGUUUUGACACAAUUUUCGUUCCAAUGUUCAUUUUAUUCAUUUAAUGAUAUCAACGCUACAUUAACUAUUAUAAUAUUGUUGCUAUAAUAUAUUCUGUUUAGAUUUUUAAACAUUUUAUUUGUGGCCAAUUUGUUUACACAACUUUCUUCAUGUUAUGUGAUUUCACUAGCAGCUGUAUUGUUUUAUAUUUUUAAUGACACUAUUUUAAAACAUCUAUUUAUGAACUAGUUGAAAAAAUGUACCAAAGAAUGAAUUUUAUGUCUUCGCGCAUAAAUCUGAAAACGAAAAUGAUGUCAAUAAACUUAUUUGCCAACCGAUUGUAUUUGUCCCUGGGUAAUGUCGCAAAUUACUCUUCGAAUAAGAAAUACUACGAUGUCGUUAUAGCUGGUGGCGGAAUGGUGGGCUGUGCCAUGGCCUGCAAAUUAUCUAAAGAAGCUGCACUACGUGGCAUGUCCAUCCUUCUAUUAGAAGGAGGUCCAAAACGUAAAGAAUAUGAUUUGUGCUCAAAGAAAAAUACCCUUGACAAGCCUUACAGUAAUAGGGUCUCUGCCGUGAGCAAAUCAAGUGUACAACUUUUACAAUCGAUUGGGGCAUGGCAAAUCAUAGAAGAUUUAGAACGCUGUAAUGCAGUCAAAGAAAUGCGAGUAGGUAGAAGUGGUGGUGUCAACAACGUGUUAACAUUUGACAAUGCCAAUGAUUUAGCAUAUAUUGUUGAAAAUGACACUAUUCUUGGAGCACUGUACAAACAAAUUAACGAAGAGCAAAAUAUUACUGUAAAUUAUGAUUCUCGGGUUAAUCAAUGUAAUUUGUCUGAUUCCCAUAGAGAUUUAGCCACUAUAAAAGUGGCAAACGGAGAGUCUUCCUUUGAAACUAGUCUCUUAAUUGGCUCAGAUGGAUAUGGUUCUAAAGUACGUUCUGCCAUUAGUGGUCAGCAGUAUGUUGGUUGGGAAUAUGGUCAACGUGCAGUCGUGGCAACUUUACAUAUACAGUCUGAUGAAAAUGAUAUCUAUAAAGGACAUGUUGCUUGGCAAAAAUUUGCUCAGUUAGGUCCAGUGGCUUUAUUACCCUUGGAUGAUAAAACAUGUUCACUAGUAUGGACAACAAGUUAUGAAGAAGCAAAUCGCUUAGCAGAGUUGAGUGACAAUGAAUUUAUUGAUGCUUUAAAUGACAAUUUAUCGGAAGAAAAAGAAUCAAACGAAAGUAGUUUACUAUUAGCAGACGAUGCAGCUCAUUUAGUGUCCAAGGUACUCAAUAAAUACUGCCAAUCAAAUAAUGAGAAUAAUCAAAACAAAAAAAUAAAAUCUAUUCCACCAAUUGUCGUUGGUGUAACUAAAGAUAGUAGAGCAUCAUUCCCAUUAGGCUUUGGACAUGCAUGUCAAUAUGUUGGUCAGCGUGUUGCUUUAGUUGGAGAUGCUGCACACAGAAUACAUCCCUUGGCUGGCCAAGGUGUUAAUUUAGGUUUUAGUGAUGUUACUGAAUUAAGUGAUCAACUUAACCAAUCAGUAUUAACAGGCGCUGAUAUUGGAGAUCUGAAUGCACUUUUAAAUUAUCAAACUGCAGCACAGCGUCGUAAUAUACCUAUUAUGUUAGGUGUUGAUGGCAUUCAGAAAAUUUAUGGUAGCAAAAACAAUUUAGUGCCUGCUGCUAUUACAACAUUAAUACGUAACGUAGGACUUUCAUUUUGUCAAUCUGCUUCCAUAGUAAAAAAACUAUUGAGUGACAAAGCAUCUGGACUACCUGUAUAGUUUCAAUGUAUCCAAACAAGUGGUUUAUUAAAUAUUAUGUGUUAAAAA